AGAAGAGGGGACCCGACACAAUUCUCACUUCUCAGUUUCCUUCGAGCUGUAGGAUGGUGAGGACCUCCGCUGCAGCCUCUCCCCAGUACAUGACGCGCGCUUGACACCUCGCUGCCUGUGGACGCCUCCCGCGGGCCAUUCAGUAUUCCCACCAAGCAAGAUCUCCAUUCAUCUGACUCCGCCGAUACUACGACAAGAUGACGGGCGGGUUGAGCAUCAUGGAGGAGGCGCAGAAGAAGGCGGUACCCAGCACGGUCCUCGCCAGCCUUGCCCUGCAGCGGGUGAGGGCUUCCACCUGCAUCCUCGUGAACCUCGAUGCCGUGGCGCACAACGUGAAGGUGCUGCGGGGACUGGCCGGCCAAAACACAGGCAUCAUGGGUGUGGUCAAGGGAGGUGCGUACGGCUCAGGGAUGCUGCCGGUGGUGGAGGUGCUGCUGGAGGAGGGCGUGGAGGAGCUGUCUGUGGCCACCGUGGCGGAGGGCGUCUAUCUCCGCAAGCACAGCAUUGAGGCCCCCAUCACUGUGCUGGGGAACUUGUCGGCCUGUGAGGUGGAUGAUGUCUUGAAGCACCGCCUUGUUCCGACUCUCAGCUGGGCCGCCCCCCUCGCUGCACGCCCCGCCCAUACCCUCGUCUACCCUGACGGGUCGAGGCUGUCUGUGGCCAUCAACAUCGACACGGGCAUGUCCAGGUAUGGGGUGCAGCCUGAGGACCUCCCCGCACUGGUCACUGCACUGGAUGACCUCAACGUCCCCAUCGCCUCCAUGUACACACACUUCCAGGCCUCCAUCAAUGAACCGGAGAAGAAUAAGAAGCAGCUCGACAUCUUCCUGGAGGCAACGGAAUCUUAUAAGUCACGGCCUCUGACCCGACACGUUGCUGCCACGACCGGGUGUGUGCAGGGCCUUGGCACUGACCUGGACCUGAUUCGACCCGGGGGAGCCAUCACCGGCCUCAGCUCAGGCAGCGACGAGGAGAGUGCCGGCCUGUUUGCGGAGUGUGGGUUCCUGCCGGCCCUGUCCGUGGUGGGCCGGCCGACGUUCUUCAAGCAGCUGCCGCCCGGUCGAGGUAUCGGCUAUGCCGCCACCUACCAGACCAGCGGCCACGAGUGGAUUGCGAACCUCGCCACCGGCUGGUCCGACGGGCUCAGCCGGCGCCUCAGCAACAAUGGCGUCGUCAAGAGAGUCAAGACUGGUGAUCAGUGUCCCAUCGUGGGCCGGGUGUCCAUGGAUUCCAUCACCAUCCGCCUGCCAGAAGCUCCAGCGGAGGAUGAGGUGUUUCAGGUCAUUUCAGACGACUUCGACGAGCACACGUCCGCCGUGGGUCUGGCCCGGAGCCUGGAGGCGGCCGUCUACGAGAUGCCCGGCAACUGGUCCACACGGCUGCCCCGGGUGUACACCAGGCACAGCACCAUAGCCAAGGUGUGCCCCUCGCUGGAGUACACAUGCUAGCAGGAAAAUAAUUCAAACUUUUUUUUUUUACGUCUAUGCCUAUAGCCCGGUAGGCUUGCUUGAGGGGCCUGGAUGGUAUUCGGCCCCAGCCCGUCAUGGCGCAGGCAAGUGUUUAUAGUGGCGCCAUCUUCUUAAUAAUCUACUUAAUAAAUAUAUUUUUGCAGUCACCUGUUAUUUCCGACAUGUACUGUAAGUCUGAUAUUAUAGUUGCCUGUAAAGAUCAUUGAAGCUCCAGAUACACUCACCCUCCUGGUAAUGUAGUUGCCUUGUGCAGCAGGGAACACUAUGCCAGUUUCAUUGCCUGGUAGUGAUGCAAGUAUAUGUGUGCAGGAAAGGCUCAGAGGAGAAAGGCCCAACUUGCCAUGGAAGGAAAAUGGGACUUAAGGUGCCAGCCCAAGCUUGCUAAUUUCAUCUGUGUCAAGAGAUGGCUCUAAUGCCUCCUUCUUAGUGAUGCCAGCAGACAAAGAAGACAAGGUUGUCAGGCCUUCCCGGCCCUGGCGCGGGGCAGCACGUUCAGGCAUGGGGUUUGUCUCAAUACUUUCUUAUAACAAGUUCAUUCUUUCUACUCUUGACGCUUCAUAGAGUGACAUUUAAAAGUGGGUGAUGGGCAGGCAUAAUAAUUAAUAAGUCGUCCCUCAAAUAGUACGGUUUCCAAUAGUUCGGUUUUGGCUUUAUGUGGAUUUUCCAAGAAGAUUUUUUAGGAUUUUUAAAUUUCCCAACGAGAAGGAAAUUUAAAAAUCCUAAAAAAUCUUCCGUGACAAUCCUUAUAAAACUGAAACUGUACUAUUUGAGGGACGCCUGUACACUGUUAUUCCAGUUCUGUGGUGUCAGCCUAGCACAACACAGUACACUUAGCUCUUAAAGAAAGCCCCCCAUGUAAAAACAACCCUCCCAUAUUUUAAGUUCUGGCCAUGGCCAUGUCUGUGUGGCACACCUCAGGAGCUCCCUCAGCUUGUCUGCAUGUUGUGCCUGAGAAAGUGAUCUCCAGGACGUCCUCAGCCUUUGUUCAGUAUUAUGUGCUCUUCCUCUCCCCUUGUGGAGGCCCCGGGCAGGCUGAGCACCAGUGACGUGAGGCAAAAGGGUGAUACAUAUAGUGUUCACUCACUCUCUGCCUUGCACCCCAGCAGCCUCCCCUUAUACUCAGCCUUGCUUCCUCAACCCCAUGACAGUCUAUCUCUCAUGGUGCAUAGUUACUAGUGCCUCAGACUGUCAUGUGUCAUACUUGCCAGGCCACCAAGGAGCGGAGAUACACUGUGUACUCCUCACCUUGCCUUGCUGGUGCAUGGGUGGUCAUCAGUGUCUGACAUGGUAACACUGCUACUGAAUAUUCUCAUCUCCACUCAGUAUAUUGACAAAUUGUUCCUCAGAGAAACUUGAUGGUAGGGCCUUUGAGUGGAUCACGUCAAUGAAUAAUAAAGAGUCUAAUUAU